AUGGCGGGAUCGGCGGUGGCGGUGGGCGGCGGGAAGUCGGAGGAGGAGCUGCGGCGCGAGAUCGAGGAGAUCGAACGGCAGCAGGCGCAGGUGCGCGCGCUCGUCGGGGCGGGCUCGUACGUGCCCCCGCCCGCCGCGCCUUUCCCCGCUCGCCACUUGCGGUUUCAGCUCUUCGCCACUUGCGCCCCUCUCGCCCGCCCUCUUCCCCGCUCCCCCCUGCCCGCGCGUGCCUCCGCGCGCACUGUAGGUGGAGGACAGUUUGCGCACAAUCACCUUGCGACUUCCCCCCAGCAUAAGGCGCACGCUGCCGCCCGCUCCCCCCGCCAUCCGCGGACAGUCGCUCCGCGCGCCCCGUCGCUUCCCGUACCCCGGAGGCGCCUCCGACCCCGCAGGCGGCGGCGGCGGUCGCGCUGGCGGGCUGUCGUUCGCGCGGCGCACACAGGUGGGAUGGGGUGGGGAGGAAUCGUUGUUCCUGUUGGCCGGUCCCCGCCCGGCUGGUUGUCUGUGUGCGGUGCUGCCCUGCCCCCGUGCGCCCACCCUGUGUGCUCCCUGUCGCCCAACCCAUGCACGCAUGAAUCCAUUCCACCGCCCGUGCUGCACUCAUACCCUCAUCCCGCCUCUCCCCCCCUUCCCCGCCUCUCCCCCCCUUCCCCGCCUCUCCCCCCCUUCCCCGCCUCUCCCCCCCUUCCCCGCCUCUCCCCCCCUUCCCCGCCUCUCCCCCCCUUCCCCGCCUCUCCCCCCCUUCCCCGCCUCUCCCCCCCUUCCCCGCCUCUCCCCCCCUUCCCCGCCUCUCCCCCCCUUCCCCGCCUCUCCCCCCCUUCCCCGCCUCUCCCCCCCUUCCCCGCCUCUCCCCCCCUUCCCCGCCUCUCCCCCCCUUCCCCGCCUCUCCCCCCCUUCCCCGCCUCUCCCCCCCUUCCCCGCCUCUCCCCCCCUUCCCCGCCUCUCCCCCCCUUCCCCGCCUCUCCCCCCCUUCCCCGCCUCUCCCCCCCUUCCCCGCCUCUCCCCCCCUUCCCCGCCUCUCCCCCCCUUCCCCGCCUCUCCCCCCCUUCCCCGCCUCUCCCCCCCUUCCCCGCCUCUCCCCCCCUUCCCCGCCUCUCCCCCCCUUCCCCGCCUCUCCCCCCCUUCCCCGCCUCUCCCCCCCUUCCCCGCCUCUCCCCCCCUUCCCCGCCUCUCCCCCCCUUCCCCGCCUCUCCCCCCCUUCCCCGCCUCUCCCCCCCUUCCCCGCCUCUCCCCCCCUUCCCCGCCUCUCCCCCCCUUCCCCGCCUCUCCCCCCCUUCCCCGCCUCUCCCCCCCUUCCCCGCCUCUCCCCCCCUUCCCCGCCUCUCCCCCCCUUCCCCGCCUCUCCCCCCCUUCCCCGCCUCUCCCCCCCUUCCCCGCCUCUCCCCCCCUUCCCCGCCUCUCCCCCCCUUCCCCGCCUCUCCCCCCCUUCCCCGCCUCUCCCCCCCUUCCCCGCCUCUCCCCCCCUUCCCCGCCUCUCCCCCCCUUCCCCGCCUCUCCCCCCCUUCCCCGCCUCUCCCCCCCUUCCCCGCCUCUCCCCCCCUUCCCCGCCUCUCCCCCCCUUCCCCGCCUCUCCCCCCCUUCCCCGCCUCUCCCCCCCUUCCCCGCCUCUCCCCCCCUUCCCCGCCUCUCCCCCCCUUCCCCGCCUCUCCCCCCCUUCCCCGCCUCUCCCCCCCUUCCCCGCCUCUCCCCCCCUUCCCCGCCUCUCCCCCCCUUCCCCGCCUCUCCCCCCCUUCCCCGCCUCUCCCCCCCUUCCCCGCCUCUCCCCCCCUUCCCCGCCUCUCCCCCCCUUCCCCGCCUCUCCCCCCCUUCCCCGCCUCUCCCCCCCUUCCCCGCCUCUCCCCCCCUUCCCCGCCUCUCCCCCCCUUCCCCGCCUCUCCCCCCCUUCCCCGCCUCUCCCCCCCUUCCCCGCCUCUCCCCCCCUUCCCCGCCUCUCCCCCCCUUCCCCGCCUCUCCCCCCCUUCCCCGCCUCUCCCCCCCUUCCCCGCCUCUCCCCCCCUUCCCCGCCUCUACCCCCCUUCCCCGCCUCUUCCCCCGUCCCCGCCUCUCCCAACCGUCCCUGCCCCUUCCCGUCUUCAUCGCCUCUCCCCCCCUUCCCCACCUCUCCCGCCUUCUCCCUUCCCUUCCCCCUUACUGCAGUCCGAUGCCGCGUUGCCGGAUGGUGACGUGGCAGGGGGCACCAAGAGACGGCGGCUGAUGUCAGCAGUGACGCGGGUACGGCCAUUGGGGGGUGGGGAAUAUGGGAGAGGGGGAGAAGUGCGCGUGGGUCCGGACGGGGAACCCAUCGACCCAAUCGAACCGCGCCGCACCGCUCACGACGUGCCCGCAGACACCACCGCUCCUCCCCCUCCGCCUGCACCUGCCGCCGCGCCCCCAUCCUCCCCGGGCGCGCUUCCUCUGUCCGCCCAUGAGCCUGCGCCCGCCCCUCCGCGCCCAGUGGUGCAGCUGGACCCCGUGGCCCGGCGCCGCCACCGCAACAUGUUGGGAGCACUGCUUGUUGGCACACUGCAGAGGGCGCGGGAGGAGGAGGAGAGGGAUGCAGAGCUGCUGGCGCGGAGGGCGAUGAUCCAACAGAAGGCAGAGCAGCGAGUGGCGGAGCAGAGUGAGCGGUUGAAGGAGCAGGAGCGGGAGAGGAUUCUGCAACAGCGCAAGAGAGACCUCGUGCUGAGGGCGCGGCUGAUGGCCAAGGCGGAGGAGAAGGAGGUGCACCUGCUGGCACGCCACUGGCACCGCCACCGCUCUCGGCUCUCGCACUUCAUCCGCACGCAGGCCUCGCCGCCCAUCAUGUACCUGCCCGCUCGCCCCUCACCAGCCACUGACAAGCUACUGCAGGCACAGGCGCAGAGCUUGGAGGAGUGGCAGCAGCAGCAGGAGCGCGAGGUGCAGCAGCUGGUGGCCGACUCGCUGCAGCGCCACCUGGCGGAAGCUGAUAGGCUCAUGCUGCCUCAGGGCGGUGAUGAGGGGCAGGCAGUGGGGGGAGGGGAAGCAGGGGGGGGUGAAGGGGGGGGAGGAGUUGAGGUGGUGGCCGGAGGUGAGGUGGUGGAAGGCAUAAAGGCAACCAAGGGAGAGAAGGGUGCAGGGUCUGAUUCUGAUGAUCAGCGGAUGAAUUCAGUUGAGGGUGGGGGAGAGGAGAGGGACGAGAGGAAAGAGGGGUCUAGUGAAGUGCGGGUGAAGGAAGAGAAGGUAGCAGCGCCUGAUGGUGAGCCGCUGAACGAGGCGGGUGUGGAUGGGGAGGGGAAGGGGGAGGGGCUGGAAGAAGAGAACAGGACUGGCAAGGGCAGUGGAGGGGGAGGUGAGGAGAGCAGUGGUGUGCAGCAGCAGCAUGCAGAGGAGGCGAGUGGUGCGAAGGGUGGAGCAAGGGAGGAGGGGCUGAGAGAGAAGUAUAAAGGGGAUGAGGUAAAGGAGGAAGGUGUGGAGGAGAGGGGUGAAGAGGUGAGGAGGGAGAGGCGGGCAAGGGGGGACAAGGGCAGGGAGGAAGAAGGUGGGGGCAGGGAGAAGGCAGGUGGGAGCAGGGAGAAGGCAGAUGAGGGCAGGGAGAAAGGAGGUGAGGGCAGGGAGAAGGGAGGUGAGGGCAGGGAGAAGGGAGGUGAGGGCAGGGAGAAGGCAGGUGAGGGCAGGGAGAAGGGAGGUGAGGGCAGGGAGAAGGGAGGUGAGGGCAGGGAGAAGGGAGGUGAGGGCAGGGAGAAAGGAGGUGAGGGCAGGGAGAAGGGAGGUGAGGGCAGGGAGAAGGGAGGUGAGGGCAGGGAGAAGGCAGGUGAGGGCAGGGAGAAGGCAGGUGAGGGCAGGGAGAAGGGAGGUGAGGGAAGGAGGAGGUCACGUGAGAGGCGCUCGCCGGGGCGCCGCGUCCCUCGCACCCGCUCCCCGCACUCCCGCUCCCCUCGAAGCCGCUCCCCUCGGAGGAGCAAUGGCCCUGAGAGGCGCUUAGGUGGCAGCCCCGCCAGCAGCCCCAGCAGUGGCGGCAAGGCCUCGAGGCACAGGCGUUGA